AUUCGAGGUAUAUAGGUUGUAGAAUAUAAAUUACCGGUAUGUGCAAUGGUUUGGAAGAUAGUUCUCUAAUGUGUGCUGUCUCUUUAAGAGGCGAGGUCCAUUUGGGGAACUGAAGCAAAGGAGUUUCGUUUCCCUUUUCAUGGGGUGUAUUUUGGAUAGUGUCUGCACCAGUGUGAAAAAUAUAUGUUCUUCAAUAGUGAAGAUUUCACGUAGUUGGGAGGUUACACCCCAUGGGCUACAGUGCAGUCCUGCUUUCGUGAGUUAGUCGUCACGCAUUUUGGGCGAAGACGUUUCAAACAGACUCUAAGUUCCAAUAGAAAGUCUCCCUGUAUUGUUGGGUCUGCGCACUCUGACAAACAACCACUAGAUGGCAGACGCAGAAGAUAAUAUAUAUCGCGAAGCUGAAGUCCCUGGAGCACCUGCCAACGGAAAUGUGGAAGGUCCCGCAGCACACGAAGUUGAGGGCAACAUCCAAGAGCAGGUGGAAGAAUUCCUUGGUCCUCACCCAGACUAUGAUGAGGAAGAGGAAGAGAGGAAGUACUACAGGCGGAAGAGGCUGGGUGUGGUGAAGAAUGUGGUGGGAGCCAGUGUAGCUGGAAUGAUUGUCUACAGUGUUUAUUUGGGCCUGUUGCAGAUGCAGUUGAUUCUGCAUUAUGACGAGACCUACAGAGAGGUGAAGUAUGGUACCCUAGGCCUGGAAGACAUUGACAACAAGAUGCUCAUGGGUAUUAAUGUCACACCUAUCAUUGGCCUGCUAUACACCCCUGUGCUCAUCAGAUUUCUGGGCACCAAGUGGAUGAUGUUUUUGGCAUCUGGCAUCUAUGCUCUUUUCGUUUCGACCAAUUACUGGGAGCGAUACUACACCCUGGUGCCGUCGGCAGUGGCUAUUGGUGCAGCUAUCGUCCCUCUCUGGGCUUCUUUGGGAAACUACAUCACAAGGAUGGCUCAGCAGUACUAUGAGUACACAAAUUAUAAGGAAGCCCAUGUUCAGGAGCAGAAGAAGCCACCCAAGGGGGCCUUUUUCCCCUACAUUGUCAUCUUCCAGUCCGUUUUCUACAUCAUCUUUCAUCUCUGCUUUGUCUUUGCUGAGUUUCCCAUGGCCUUCUUCCUCAAUACGCACUUGAACGAGCCCAGACACAUCCUCUACAACGUGAAGACCUGUGGUGCAAAUGGCCAUGGCAUCAUCCCGGGAUUGAACAAGACGGUAUUGCACAGUCUGCCCCGGUCUCUAAUGCUCAUCGAGGUGGAGAGUGUCCUAAUGGGAGCAGCCUUUGUGGCCAUGAUCAUCUUCCUGGCAGUGUGUGGAGCUGCUUACCGACCCACAGAGGAAAUCGACCUCCGGAGCAUAGGCUGGGGCAACAUCUUCCAGCUGCCCUUCAAGCACCUGCGAGACUACCGCCUCCGCCUGCUCAUCCCCUUCUUCUUCUACUCCGGGUUCGAGGUGUUCUUCGCCAUUAACGGGAUCAUACUGUCAUAUGGGGUGUGCUCUGUGGGCCUGAAGAAGGUGUGGCUGCUGGUGUUGGUGUAUGGCUUGUCCUCCUCCGCCUGCUCCGCCCUGUCGCUCUGCCUGCUGCGGGUGCCCCGCCACCUCACGCUCCUGGGGGGUGCCGUCCUGCACCUGGGUGUGAUGGUGGGGCUCAUGUGUUGGUCGCCCCAGCCGCUGAAUGACACCAUCAAGCCUCAUCCGACUGACCCGCUGCCCGUGCUCCUGGUGCUGAUCGCCCUGUGGGGCCUGGGCACGGCACUGAACAAAACCAGCCUCAGCAUCUUGCUCGGGAUGCUCUAUGAGGAUAAAGAGAGGCUGGAUUUUGUCUUCACCAUCUACCACUGGUGUCAAGCUAUAGCCAUCUUCAUAGUCUACCUGUGGUCGAACCUGCCAAUGCGAGCGAAGCUAGCCAUCCUUCUCGUCACCCUGCUCGUGGCCAUGUUUUGCUACUGGCGAAUGGAGCGUCAGCUGGCCAAGAAGGUGCCCUUCCGGCUGCCCCGGAUCCCCCGGCCACGGCACAAGGUGAAGGGCUACCGCUACCUGGAGGAGGAGAACUCAGACGAAUCCGACAUGGAGCAGAGUGGGGACGAGGAGCAGCAGCAUGAUGAUGAUGAGGAGGACAGAGAUACUGAGGAAGAGGAGGUACGAGAGGCCGGCGCCGGAGCAGAUGGGGAUGCUGCAUCACUGGGCUCCCAACACCCACCGGGCCCACGUGGUCGUCAUCGACGACGGGAUGACACCUACGAACAGGCAGGGGCUAGGGAGGAGUACGCUCAACCCAUGUGACAGAAAAGAAAAGUGAAAAUAGAGGGAUGAUAGAAUGAUGUGAGGAGUUGAGCGUAGAUGCCUUCCUCAUCAUAUCAAUCAAUCAAUCAAACUUUAUUUGUACGGCGCAUUUCAUACCAGGUGGUAACACAAUGCGAGAAUGGGCGGGGGGGUUACAAACACUUGUAAAGAGACACAGAUUUUCCAGAGAUAAAUAAACUGAUAAAUAUUACAGCGAGUGAUAGGCAAGAUUAAAGAGGUAUUUGGUCUUAAGUGCACGUUUAAAGGUUUCCACCGUCACAGUGGGAAUGGAGAGGGGGGGAGAUGUUGGAGGGAGCAUGGGCCCAGUCAACCAACAUCUCUUUAAGGGAAAAAAGGCUUUUGAGAGUUGCAAAGUAGAAGUGAAGAAAGUGUUUCUUCGGAACAGGAAGUGUAAAAGAAGAAGUCUCAUUUAAUCAGGGCAGGUGUUUUCAUCUUUGAAAGCUGGUCAAGAUGCUGCAGUAGUCUGUUCCGCUUUCACUGAGUUUCUGAAAUGUGUUCACUUUAACACAUGCAUCUUUUUUUACUGUUGGCUUUGUGUUAUUCAUGUUGCACUUCAUCAUUUUGUGUGUGUUUUGAAAAUGUGCUUCCUUUAAAAAAUACUUUUGCUUCAGUGUUUUCAACGGUACAUGGGGAGUUUUUGUAAGAUUGAAUUAUGUGUUUUUAUGAACCACAUUCUUGAAUAAAAUUGCUUAAUCAA